GUGAUUGCAUAUUUAUUGAAACUGUACUUUAUCCAUUUGCAAAUAACGACAAUUCAAUGGCUGCAAAAAUAGAUCAGAAAGCGUACCUCCAAAAAUACCUUGGAGGUCCAUCUGAAAAAAAGAAAAAGAAAAAAAAGAUUGUGAAAGGCAAAGGAUUCAAAAUAAUAGAUGAUGAUUUAGACCUUUCUAAAAUGCAAGCACUGGAUGGUGAUGAAUUAGAUAUUCUAGAUCAGGGCGAGGAUGCCCCGCAGAUUGCAGGUAUCAUUGAUGAGAGACCUGAAGAGGUGAAGAAGGCUGAAUUAUUUAAGUCUAGCACUAAAUGGAGAGUUGUGAAUCAGGAUGAUGGUUUCAAUUCAAAACUACAAAUAGAAGAAAUUAAAAGGGAUAUUAAAGAGGUAGAGAAAGAGAAUGAAGUUAUUUUCGGGAAAAUGUACAGCGAUUCAGAAGAUGAAAAGAAAAACGAUUCAGAUUUAUUACCACCACGUAAACGGACUAAUGACGACAGACACAUUCCUGCCAAGAAACCUAGAGGUGCUAGUGACAGCGAUUUUAGUCCACCUAGGCGAAAAGAAAGUUCAAAAACGAAUAAAACUGAAGAUUUAUCACCUCCAAGGAAGAGGAAUAAAGAGAAAAGCUCAAAAAGACAUAAUAAGAGUGACAGUGACGAAAGUCCGCCAAGAAAGAAUAAACAUAGAAGACACAAUAAUGACUCAGAUUUAUCGCCUCCAAGAAAACAAUCGAAAGCUCAAGGCUCAAGAAAAUAUCAAAACGAUAGUGACUUAAGCCCGCCUCGUAGAACAGAUGCUUUGAAUUCACGUAAAGAUACGAAUGAUACAAGAAACAAAGACAGGGUAAGGAAAAGUCGAUGGGACAAUGUAGAGGAGAAACAAAAGCGAGACAGAUCACAUUCAGAGUCUCCGCAACAAUCGAAAAAACAUAAAAGUUCAAAGAGCAAAAGUAAAUUGCAUAAGAGAUCAUCAGAUUCCGAUUUGUCACCGCCAAGGAAGUCGCAAAAGCAAAAUGAACCUUCUAGAAAGAGGCACUCCAGCGCUGAUUCUGAUUUAUCAUUGCCAAGGAAAAGAAAACCUUCCCCUGAAAGAACAAAACGAUUUGAUAACAGUAGAAACGAUCGUAAGAGGCGAAAUUCAGACUCCGACACACCUGAUAGAAGUGAUAUACGCAAAAACAAAGAGAAAUAUAGAAAAGAGAAGAAUAGAAUAGAUGACGAUUCAGAUUUGUCUCCACCCAGAAGAGAUGAUAAGAGGAAUUACAAACGGAGUAGUGACAGUCCCCCGCCAAGUAAUAAAAGGAUGGCGAAAACUCUGGAAGGCAAAAUGGCGGGCCUACAGGACGCUGUGCAAUUAAGGCAAGAAAAUGAAGCGUUUAGACGAAGGGAAGACGAGGCCUAUAGUAAAAUGACAGAUGAAGUUUCCGGAAGGACUGCCAAAGUGGUUUCUAGAAAACAGAAACGUGAGACAUCAGAAGAAAGGCAGAAACAGACAGAAAAAGCACAAAGGCAAAAAGAACUGGAUGAAAAGUAUAAGAAAUGGAGCAAGGGUCUCAAACAAAUAGAAGCUCAAGAGGAAAGAAUACAACACUUUAUCCACGAAGCCGCCAAACCGUUAGCUCGUUAUAAAGAUGAUAGAGAUUUGGAAAAUCAGUUGAAAGAGAUAGAAAGAGAUGGAGAUCCCAUGCUCAAGUAUAUCAGGGAGAGGAAGAGGGAGAAGGGAGAAUUGGGACCAGAAAAACCAUCUUACAAAGGUCAAUUCCCGCCAAAUAGAUUCAACAUUAGACCAGGCUACAGGUGGGAUGGCGUAGAUAGAUCGAAUGGAUAUGAAAAGAAAUUCUUCGAUAAUCAAAGCAAGAAGAAAGCUUUAGAAGAGGAAGCGUAUAAGUGGAGUACUGAGGACUUAUAAAUGUAUACGAACUAGCUUUUCGCCCGCGGCUUUCCACGCAAAGGAAAACUGUUACGGAUAAUCCACUCCAAAAUUGUCGUUGGGAUUUACGGGAUAUAAACUAUCCUUUAAACAAUCUCGGGUGUCAAACUAUCUUUGUAUAAAAAUUUAUCCUAAUCGGUUCAGUUGUUUAGUGGUGAUGAGACAGACGGAUUACUUUCGCAUUUAUAAUAUCAGUAGACGUGACGAAUUUAAUAUAUUUAUUAUUAUGCUAUUUAUAAAAAAUAAAGGCCAUUAUCCUUAUCUAUUGAAGAUUCGUAGAGAUUGAAAAUUUCUUAAUUAACGUGUAAUUGUAAAAGUAUAUGUACAAAAAAUUACCCUUCUUAAAGUAGCAAUUUUUUUAUUUGUAAAAAUAAUAAUUACAAUUGUUACAAGUGGCUCUUAUUUUUUUUAAAGAAUAAUAAUUAAGUCCUACAAACAUGUUGUAUACAAUCAUUUUAUUAAUAAAUAAAUAUAAUUACUCUAAUCGGUGUUGUGAAAACUAUCUUGUUUAAAAAGUUGUAUUACUAUCCAUUGAUAUUGUCAAAUUAUGUCUCAAAAUUAGAACCAAGGUCUCUCUUGGUAUUCUGAAAAUUAUUGCCUACUAGCUGCGCCCCGCGGUUUCACCCGCGUGUCCGUAGCCCGUGGGAAUAUCGGGAUAAAAAGUUGCC